CACUACUUGCCAGAGGCGCGCUUCACAACGAAGCGGACAGGCGCGCUCGGGGCUUAAGGCUCGUCAACGUACCGAGAGGCGAAUUCGCCUUCUCUUCCUUCUCUUGGCCCUUCGCGCGCGCUCCCUGUCAACAUGGCAGCCGUGGCCUCCCUCGCGAUUGUGACGGUUCCUUCCGUGACGUACUCCAGGCGUUCCUCGUCGAGUGCGUUGUCGCGUGUCGCCUUUCGUCGCGCGCCCCGCCUCGCGUGCCGUGCAUCUUCCGACGAAGUCGACAACACGCCGGGUAACUCGGAUCAGGGCAUCUUCAUGCGACAGAUCACCCCCGAGGAGAAGGAUGCCGAGGUCAAGUGGUUGGGGGGCAUGCUCAAGCUGUGGCUGGAUGACGAGUGGAGCCUGCAGGAGCCACACAAGGAGCUGGGACUCAGGGCGGCGGAGAAGUGCACGUCCAUGCGUCUGGAAGGGUGCGAGGAUAUGGGCUCGCUCGUCAUGGGCGUCGCCGCCGAUCUCAUCGAGUUCGACUUCUCCGACACCUUCGUCAACGCGUUUGAGGUGGCAAACAAGUGCAGCGAGAUACUCAUGAUGCGGGAGGGCUACGAGGUUUGCUGCAUCAACAAGGAUGACAUGUCGAGGCAGGCCAGGUACGAGGAGAUGGUGGCCAAUGGGGAGGUCUAGAGGUUGACUGAAAACUGCCCG